UUGAGUCUCCAAUCUUCGAUAAUGAUAUGUGGCGAUCUGGAAUUCACAAUCUACCAAACUGUGUCAGCUCGAUCUCUUUCAGUCAGUGGAAACAAAUAGUUCAGAUCUAGCUAGAUUAUCUUGAGCAGCAUAUAUACGAUCUGCUUGCAGUUUUUACAUGCUCAACUCCUGCCUAAUUCCUUCAAGAUGAUAAGUUUAGGAGAUCUCUACAACGUGCUGAGUGCGGUUGUGCCUCUGUACGUCGCCAUGUUCUUGGCCUUUGCCUCAGUGAGGUGGCGGAAGGUGUUCACUCCCGAGCAAUGCGCGGGCAUCAACCGCUUCGUGGCCAUCUUCGCGAUUCCACUCCUCUCCUUCGAGUUCAUUUCCCGGAUCAAUCCUUUCAAGAUGAACUUCAGGUUCGUCGCGGCGGAUGCGGUUUCUAAAGUGCUAGUCUUGUCGCUCCUCCUCGUGUGGGCUAGGUUUUGUCGAAGGGGAAGCCUCGACUGGUCCAUCACUCUCUUCUCGCUCUCCACGCUUCCCAACACGCUCGUGAUGGGGAUUCCACUCCUCAAGUCCAUGUAUGGAGAUGAGCAGGAAGGCCUGAUGAUCCAAGUCGUGGUUCUCCAGAGCAUCAUUUGGUACACGAUUCUGCUGGUCUUGUUUGAGUACAGAGCCGCAAGGAGUGCCAUAUUGCAGCAGGAGAACGGUGAACCAGUGCCGGAUUCCGGGCGGCUGAGCAUGGAGGAGCAGCGUGCCCAAGAACUCCGCAUCUUUGUCUGGCCAUGCUGCUGCUGCAACUCUCGAGGCAAGCGAUCAGUGCAAGUAUUCAACGGAGGAGAAGAGAGUGAUCAGCGAGAGGGGGAUGAUGAGGCUGCAGUGGAUUCCACCACGCAAUCAGGCAUGAUUCGAUCGAUCUUACAAAUGGUUGUGUCCAAGCUCAUCAGAAACCCAAACACAUAUGCCUGUCUACUGGGACUUAGCUGGGCUCUGGCUUCUAGCAGAUGGAGUUUGAAGAAGCCUCGGAUUAUCGAUAAUUCCGUCACCAUUCUAUCGAAUGCCGGUCUCGGCAUGGCCAUGUUCAGCUUAGGACUUUUCAUGGCAUUGCAACCGAGGAUUAUACCUUGCGGCCGGAAGCUCGCGGUGUGCGGGAUGAUCAUGAGGUUCCUCGUUGGACCUGCUGUGAUGGCAAUAGCUUCUUUUGGGGUUGGCAUAAGAGGAACAACUCUUAGGGUAUCCAUAGUUCAGGCUGCACUUCCACAAGGGAUUGUGCCAUUUGUAUUUGCCAGGGAAUACAAUCUGCAUCCGGAGGUGUUAAGCACAGGGGUUAUCUUUGGGAUGAUUGUGUCGUUGCCAGUGACUGUAUUGUACUAUGUGCUCUUCGGCUUGUGAAAGUGAAAGAUUAACAAAGCGAAAGAGGCAAUUACAGAGACUUAACGUUAUCUUCUAGUUCAAGAACUGAAUUUUUGAGAAUUAUACGUGAGCUGAGAGGAUUCUUAAUGCGAGAAUAACUGCAUUAUUGAUACGGGUCAACAGAGCAAACUUCCGACGAUAAUAACUUUCGACUUGGACAUUAAAACGAGAUGAUGUUCGAUUUGAAUCGAAACUCGUUCAUUGGAACUUGUUACUAGCCAACUUUUAGAUCUUAAAAAUAUCGUUUAAGGCCUUUUCGAAGACUGAAUAUUUUUUUUACUAUGUUGUUUAGUAAAUUUCAUAUUUUUGGUAUUUUUGUUAUGCAAUUAGUGUUUUGGGUCUAUAUGUAAGUGUCUUGUUUACUUGUUUUGAGACCGUUUUGAUUAUUACUAUUUUUAGUUGUAGUCUCCUUCUAAGAA